GUUUUGCCUUUACCUGACAUCUUUUUCUACUGAUAACAGGAGCCCUGCAUAUAUCGCAACCAGACAUGCGCAUAAGUCAACGUUGGCGGGCCGUUCGGGCUUGCUAGACUGAUGAUGUUAGUCGAUCGGUUCCCCAACAUUUACCGAGAACUUAACAUGCCGGAGUAACCACCUACGUCCACAACCGCGCUAGGUUAGGCCUCCACGGGUACACGAACAAGGGGUUCCCGUCCGACGUGUGGCAAGCAUUCUGGCGUAAAGUGUAUAUGUACAGCUUUCUGUGUUUGAAAUUCAAGUUCGCUCUUCGACAUCUCACCAUUGACAAGCACACAAGUCAUUCAAAGACAGGCCUAGUGUCCAUCGAGAGCUUUGAGCAAGACCCAGAAAAGCAAUACUCGCACACAUCCCACCAUGGCCUCUCCAAAGCCGAUGGACAUCAUCAUCUUAGGUGGUGGCAUAGCUGGCCUAACAACUGCCCUCUCCCUCACCAAGUUUGCGCCUGUUUCAUCACCACCAAACAUCACCAUAUUCGAGAUCCGACCUGAGCCCGCGACAAUCGGCGGUGCCGUAAACCUCACACCUAACGCUCUGCGUCUCCUCUCACAUCUAGGAGCUCUCGACGAGAUCCGCGCCAAAGGAUAUGGCGCCGAGUGUCUCGCAGUCGAAGUCUUCGACCUUUACACCAACGUCAAGAUAGCAGAGAGCUCAUUCAAAGGACCAGACGGAAAGGGGUUGGGCGACCCUCCAUUUACUGCCUUGAGAAUCACAAGAGGAGAAGCACUCAAGGGAGUACUCGCCGCCAUCGAGAAGCAGUCCAACAUCAAGCUCAUCUGUGGCAAGAAAACGACCAAGAUCAACGAAAGCGACACCAGCGUCACCAUCGACUUUGAAGACGGCGGAAGCGCAACCGCCGACAUACUAAUCGGAUGCGACGGCAUCCACAGCGUCACCCGCCUCAAACACGUCGAGCCAGAGCGCAAAGCAAUGUACAGUGGAAUCUGCAACGCCUUUGGAUUUGCCCCACGACGAAAGAUCUCCGAAGACAGCAAAGACUACGAGCCCACGCACUUCGACGUCAGCGGCAUGAACUUUGGCCGUCGCGGCAUGAUGUUGACGUCUUUCCACGACCAAGCCCGCGAAAGCAUCUACGUAGGCGCACUGAUGCAAGUCCCCGAGAUCGCCGACCGAAAUGGCUGGAAAGCAGCAGGCGCCGAUGCGCAGAAGACGCGGGAUGAAAUGCUAGAGCGGUAUUCUGGUGCUGCGAACCCGCAGAUUGCGCAUUGGAUUGAAGACGCAGAGGGUCUGUAUCUCUGGCCUGUGUUUACGCUUUCCAAGGGAGGCAAAUGGGCUACCGACCGUGUUAUGCUGAUUGGAGACUCUGCUCAUGCUAUGCCUCCGCAAGGCGAGUCAACGGGGAUUGUCUUUGAAGAUGGUGUCUUGUUCUCGCGCUGCUUGGCCAAGUGGAUGGAGAGUAAACGCGAUGAGGGCGUACCGGUCAAAGAAGCGUUUGAUGCGUACGAGACUCUGAGACGUGCGCGUAUCGAUACUGCGUUCGAUGAGAGUCAGAGUGUGGUUAAGACGGUGCAGGACACGCCUUGGUUGGGUCACAAGAUUAAGAUGAAUGUUGUGCCGUGGUAUCUUUGGUGGACAAGGACUUAUCGUGAGAAGCAUUUUGUGGAGGAUGUCACGACGUGUGAUAUUGCGUACUGAUAGGCUGGUACCCUGCUUACACUAGGUGGCACAGUGCGUCACUUCACAAUCUCAGAUCAAGCCCUGGAGUUGUUGACUAGAAUCUCACAUUCGCCGCACAUUUUCUUUACCUUGUCUGCUUUUCGAAUAUCUGAUCCUGCAUCUGCAUGUCGACCAAUUCUAACUCAUCGCUUACAAUGCUCAUCCCUUCCUCGAACGCCACAACAUGUCUUAGUAUUGUUCUCCAAGCGCGCUCGUCGGUUCACUGAAAGUCCAUUCCAUCAAUACUGCGCUAUUUCCAAAGGACCAGACGAGAAAUACAAACUAUAUAGAGAGCUCUAUAGGUUCCUAGUAAUGCUUCAAUACAACAUUCUACAGCCCUUCAAAACUCCAUCUCUUGAAGCCAAUCUCCAAAGCCGUUCUUUCCAAAAUGCGACCCUUCUUCGAUGCUACAGAAUUCCCUUCCUUCCGCUUCUCAAACGAAUCAAGUUCAUACCGG